UAAGAUGGCGGCGGCGCUGCUGGCGCGGUUGUGCCGGGGUGGCCCCGGACUCCGGGGCACACUCGGGCUCCGCAACGCCCGCCUGCCCCUUGCCGCUACCGGCGCCGCCCCGCCGCUGCUGCUCCGCCGCCCCGCCGCGCCCCUGGGGCCGCGCAGCUUCUCGGCGGCCGAGCUGGUACGCGCCGCGCCGGCCCCGCUGCAGCCCUACUUGCGGCUCAUGCGCCUGCACCAGCCCGCCGGGACGUGGCUGUUGUACCUGCCGUGUACCUGGAGCAUCGGGCUGGCGGCCGCGCCCGGCUGUCUCCCAGACUGGCGCAUGCUGUCCCUGUUCGGCGUCGGAGCCGUGCUCAUGCGAGGGGCCGGCUGCACCAUCAAUGACAUGUGGGACCGCGACUAUGACAGACAGGUUGCAAGGACAGCAAGCAGACCCCUGGCAGCUGGAGAUAUCUCCACUUUCCAGUCCUUUGUUUUUCUUGGGGGACAGCUCAGCCUGGCACUCUGUGUGCUUCUCUGUCUGAAUUACUACAGUAUCAUUCUGGGAGCAGCCUCUUUAUUCCUUGUGAUCACCUACCCUCUGAUGAAGAGAAUAACAUACUGGCCACAGCUAGUUUUAGGAUUUACAUUUAAUUGGGGAGCCCUUCUUGGAUGGUCUGCCAUCAAAGGGUCAUGUGAGUGGUCUGUGUGUUUGCCCUUAUACUUUGCUGGAGUCAUGUGGACACUGGUGUACGACACCAUUUAUGCACAUCAGGAUAAGAGGGAUGACAUCAUGAUUGGUGUGAAGUCAACUGCAUUGCAUUUCAGGGAGGACACAAAGCAGUGGCUCAGUGGCUUCAGCCUGGCAAUGCUCCUGAGUCUGUGUGUGGCAGGGAUGAACUGCAACCAAACCGUCCCGUAUUACUUGGCUGUGGCUGCCGUAGCAGCUCACCUGGCACACCAGAUUUACACUUUGGACAUAGACAAGCCUGAAGACUGUUGGAAGAAAUUUGCUUCAAAUCGUACUGUAGGAAUUCUGCUCUUCAUAGGGAUUGUGCUUGGAAAUCUGUGGAAAUGAAAAGGCUUAAAUGUAGAAGAUCCUUCAGAGAACAGAUAGUUGAAAUCACUAUACUGAUAUUUUAGUCUAACUGAAGUGUAAGUAUUAUAAGAAGGAAAACACUUGUAAUGUAAAUAUAGCUGCUUUAUAUUGUUUAUUUAUAAAAGCUGGUGGAAACAUUCUUGUUUCUGAAAUCAUGCAGUUUUGAUUAUUCUACAAUGAAAGUUUUGGUUAUCUGGGAAUAACUUCAAUCUGCAUAGAAGCUCCAAAAAGCUCUGCUGAUCCUGUGUAGUAGCAGCAAACUUCUGUCAAGCUGUGGAGACUGUGAACCCAAGAUUUUAUAUGAAGCAGGUGUCUCUUAGAGACAGCAUGGGUAAAAAUGCGAAAUUAUUUCUGGUUGUAAAUAAAAUCUGGCUGUAGA